GGUUGAGUAUAUUCAAAGAUUGAUUAAAACUUGCUGUAUAGUUUUAUUUAUUGUGAUUAAGAAAAAAUUACUGGAUAUUAAUUUUAUUUUUUAACUUAGUAAAUUCAUUUAUAUCAACAAUUUAUGUCUUAUACUUAUUUGAUAAUUAUUAUUUAAUAAUCUCUUGAAGAUAUGAUAAUAAUAAAUAUUGAAGAAUGUGCUUAAUAUUAAUAUUAAUAUUAUAAAAAUAAAAAAUAUGAAUAGAAAUACAUAUUUUACAUAUAAUUAAACAAAAAUUUAAAACUAUGGAAACUCAAGAAGAUUGUGCAAUUAGGAGAGGACAAUCUAUUCGACGUUAUCAAAAUGAUUUCAAAUCUGAUGGACAUACUUCAACUUCAAUGAUAAUAAAUCAAUCACAAUAUAUAAAUGUUGGAAGAUCUAUUGUAAGAAUAGCUAUAUAUUUAACAACUGGAAUUUUUCUAACAAUGGACAUUGAAUCUAAUUCUACUGCACAUCAAAUCCUUGCAAUGAUACAAUCCGAAGGAGAGUUAGGAUUAACAAGAACUCCUUCAUUUACUGGUCAAACAGUUUUUGCUUUAUGGCUUUGUUCUUCAAGAUUAGAGGUUCAAUUACGUCCGAAUCACAAACCUAUAGAAUUGGCUGCAAAAUGGAAACGUUUAGUAAAAAAAUAUAGUUCUCAAAAAGAACAAACAGAUGAAGAACCUUUGUUAUGUCUUAGACGAAACGUGUUUCUUUCUCGAUCAGAUGAGGAGCAAAUAAAAGAAACUAAAGUAUUAGAAUUAUUGUAUGCAGAAGCCAGAAAUAAUGUAUUGCAAGGACGUUAUCCAUGCGAAGGACAGGCACGAUAUGCAAGUUUGGGAGCUUUGCAAGCACGUAUUGAACUGGGUCCAUAUAAUCCUCAAAAUCAUACAUUAGCAUUUUUUAGAAGAUAUCGUGGUCGAUUUUUGCCUCAUCAUUAUACAUCUCCUAGUCUCUUAUUAGGAUUAGGUGUUGGUUUAGGCUUAGUUGGCGGAAAAGGAGCACCUGAAGCUCGUCUACUUGAACAAUACAAACGAAUACCUAAUCACACAGGAACUAAUACGAAUUCGAGGAAACUAAUUAGAAAAUACUUAGAGUUUUGCUGGAAUUUACCAUGUUAUGGUGCGGCUUUUUUUCAAGGACAAAUUGAACGUCCUGUAAGAGGCCUUGCAUCUUGGAUUACAAAUCGUGAUAUGCAUAUACUCGUUGCUAUUAAUUCAUCAGGAGUAUAUAUUGUGGACGAUAUUCAAUGUAGUUUAUUAUUGGGUCUAAGAUAUUCAGAGUUAAGUUGGGAAAUGGCGAAACCUUCAGAUGAAAAUAAUCCAGAUUGUCUGCCAUGUUUAUUUUUACAGUUUCCUGUGCGAGAAAAUGGAACACAAGUUUAUAAAAUUCUACAAGUAUUCUCAAGACAAGCAAUAAUGAUGGAUAUAUUAAUUUCUGGCUUUGCCGAAGAACAUCGUCGUCAUAGAAAUAAUAGUGAUAUUGCGAAUAAUGAUCGUUUAACAGACCAUAUGAUUGGUUCCAAUACUGGAAGUUUUACUAAUAAACUUAGUAAAUUUACAUUAGCCACUUUUGAUGAUGAAGGUCGAUGUAUUGGACAAAUGGGUUCUUGGUCUUUUCAAUAAAAUAAAUUAUUUACUGUACACCUGCUUUUUUCAAAAAUACAUUAAACUUUCUUUAAUUAUCGCAAGAUGUGGAUUUUGUUGUAAAUUAUUCAUUAACAUUUUAUAUUUUAUAGGAACCAAAUCUCUAUGACGAUUUAAUCUGUUUUCUAAAGUUUGUAAAUAAAAACUUAUUUCAUUUAUUUUUUCUAAUAUUUUUUCUUCUUCUUCGCGAGUUAAAUCUUCUUCCUGUAGAAUGAUAUUUCUAUCUUAUAUUUUAUAUAUAUAUAUCAAAUAAAUAUAUGAUAGAAAAUAAAAUUUUACCUGUAAUAUCAAUGCUUGCAUUUUCACCAAUUCCUGCGAAUAUUUCUCAAAUUCAUGUAAGAUUUUAUUCGCCCUACGUACAAGUAAUUGUUUGUAAUCACGAAUACAUGCAUAUUGUAUUAAGUAUGCCUCAGCUUCUGAUAACUCCGAUGGAUUUCCUAAACGAGCUAAAUAUGGUUUUAAAUAAUUUAUUUCUUCCGUGAUAUCUUUUAGACUUUGUUUCUUCUGUAUUUAUAAUGUAUACAUUUAAUUAAUUAAUU